AUGCCCGUCGCGCUAGCAACGAUCGCUGGGGCACGCGCCUCGGCCAAGGAGCAGUCGUGUCGGCUGCAGCGCGCUAACGCGACGACCAUGGUGCGUGCUUUCCCUGGUUUGGACGCGCAAGGCGUGUGCCGAGAGCGCACGCGGGCGACCUGUGACCGAGGCGACGCGCGACGGGCGACGGCCGCCCGCGGACUUUGUGGCUCACGACUCACGUUCCGGGAACACUGCUAUGGUCCCUUGUCCCUGGGGCGCGCGCAGAGCCCGGAUGUCGAGCGCGAUAGAACCAGGCCACGGAAUUCGCGCUCUGAGGCCGCAGAACGUCGGCUGCGGACGGGAGACGGCGUCGCGAGCGACAAGGAAGAUGCCGUGCGCUGGACCAACGCACGCGGUGACACUCAUAUCGCGAACGAUGCGAUCACGCAGCACUUGAUGCAGCGUGAGUAUGGUCGGCUGUGCGGGGUGCGCGAUUUGCGCCGCGCGUCGUGGGUGCGGCGGCACGACCAGCUCUUCAUCUUCAGCGGGCCCACGCGCACCGUCGCGACCAAGGCGAACAAGCCUGUGUGGGCGCGCUCCGUCUCGUGGCGCGGUCACGGCCCCAGCGUCAGCGCCCCUGCGUUGCCCAUCUCGCCCAACUCAACAGGCUCCCCACCGGGAAUAUUGAGCUUGGGCUCCGGCGAUGCUGUUAGACCACAUAAGCGCAUUUUCCGUGUUGAGCUGAACGCGCAGACCCACAGCGCACAGGCAUAUUUUCAGUCAGCUCCGAGCUAUGCAACAUCCUUCACGCAAAAGCGUGGCAUACUGCGCGCAGUCAUCCAGGAUGCAUUGCGCAAAGUCACUGGGGAUCCGAAUGCGCGGAUGCGCUGGACCCCGCAAUCGUAUAUCAAUCACGUGUGGAACAAGUAUUGGGUUGCCUUACAGGGAUGGAGUCCACAUGUCCCGUUCAAGAAUCCCAGCAAUCUUCCUGGUGGUACCCGAGUCUUCGACAACUUGAUCUUCCGGUGCGAGCGUGGGAUCAUACGAUUUGUCAAGAUACCCGAGCACGAGCGCUGCAACAUCGACAUGACAAAGGUUGUGCCUGGCGGAAUUGUUGCCCGCAAACCAUGGCCCGGUCGCCCGGAUAUCAAGCGUGCCCGGCAUCGUCCGGUAUCAAAUCCGCACAAUCUUCCCUUACGCAGACAGCGACCAGGCCCGAUCACACCGGAGUAUGUGUGGGAAAAUACUGAUGCCGAGAUAAGAGAUGAUGGCACACUCGAGGACGACGAGAUAGUAGAGACAUGGGACGAGGAAUGUGCACAGGUAAACAUUGACAAUGAGGACCCAAUUGAGGACUGGCCGUAG